AUGUUCCUCCAGCCGUGGAGCACAUCAAGUCCCGUUCCAAAGAGUCGCGGCUACAAUGUUCCUCCAGCCGUGGAGCAGAUCAAGUCCCGUUCCAAGAGUCGCGGCUACAAUGUUCCUCCAGCCGUGGAGCAGAUCAAGUCCCGUUCCAAGAGUCGCGGCUACAAUGUUCCUCCAGCCGUGGAGCAGAUCAAGUCCCGUUCCAAGAGUCGCGGCUACAAUGUUCCUCCAGCCGUGGAGCAGAUCAAGUCCCCCGUGGAGCAGAUCAAGUCCCGUUCCAAGAGUCGCGGCUACAAUGUUCCUCCAGCCGUGGAGCAGAUCAAGUCCCGUUCCAAGAGUCGCGGCUACAAUGUUCCUCCAGCCGUGGUGCAGAUCAAGUCCCGUUCCAAGAGUCGCGGCUACAAUGUUCCUCCAGCCGUGGAGCAGAUCAAGUCCCGUUCCAAGAGUCGCGGCUACAAUGUUCCUCCAGCCGUGGAGCACAUCAAGUCCCCCGUGGAGCAGAUCAAGUCCCGUUCCAAGAGUCGCGGCUACAAUGUUCCUCCAGCCGUGGAGCAGAUCAAGUCCCGUUCCAAGAGUCGCGGCUACAAUGUUCCUCCAGCCGUGGAGCAGAUCAAGUCCCGUUCCAAGAGUCGCGGCUACAAUGUUCCUCCAGCCGUGGAGCAGAUCAAGUCCCGUUCCAAGAGUCGCGGCUACAAUGUUCCUCCAGCCGUGGAGCAGAUCAAGUCCCGUUCCAAGAGUCGCGGCUACAAUGUUCCUCCAGCCGUGGAGCACAUCAAGUCCCGUUCCAAAGAGUCGCGGCUACAAUGUUCCUCCAGCCGUGCCGUGGAGCAGAUCAAGUCCCGUUCCAAGAGUCGCGGCUACAAUGUUCCUCCAGCCGUGGAGCAGAUCAAGUCCCGUUCCAAGAGUCGCGGCUACAAUGUUCCUCCAGCCGUGGAGCAGAUCAAGUCCCGUUCCAAGAGUCGCGGCUACAAUGUUCCUCCAGCCGUGGAGCUGAUAGAGUCACGUUCCAAAGAGUCGCGGCUACAAUGUUCCUCCAGCCGUGGAGCUGAUAGAGUCACGUUCCAAAGAGUCGCGGCUACAAUGUUCCUCCAGCCGUGGAGCAGAUCAAGUCCCGUUCCAAGAGUCGCGGCUACAAUGUUCCUCCAGCCGUGGAGCACAUCAAGUCCCGUUCCAAAGAGUCGCGGCUACAAUGUUCCUCCAGCCGUGGUGCAGAUCAAGUCCCGUUCCAAAGAGUCGCGGCUACAAUGUUCCUCCAGCCGUGGAGCAGAUCAAGUCCCGUUCCAAGAGUCGCGGCUACAAUGUUCCUCCAGCCGUGGAGCACAUCAAGUCCCGUUCCAAAGAGUCGCGGCUACAAUGUUCCUCCAGCCGUGGAGCAGAUCAAGUCCCGUUCCAAGAGUCGCGGCUACAAUGUUCCUCCAGCCGUGGAGCACAUCAAGUCCCGUUCCAAAGAGUCGCGGCUACAAUGUUCCUCCAGCCGUGGAGCAGAUCAAGUCCCGUUCCAAGUGUCGCGGCUACAAUGUUCCUCCAGCCGUGGAGCAGAUCAAGUCCCGUUCCAAAGAGUCGCGGCUACAAUGUUCCUCCAGCCGUGGAGCUGAUAGAGUCACGUUCCAAGAGUCGCGGCUACAAUGUUCCUCCAGCCGUGGAGCAGAUCAAGUCCCGUUCCAAAGAGUCGCGGCUACAAUGUUCCUCCAGCCGUGGAGCAGAUCAAGUCACGUUCCAAGAGUCGCGGCUACAAUGUUCCUCCAGCCGUGGAGCAGAUCAAGUCCCGUUCCAAAGAGUCGCGGCUACAAUGUUCCUCCAGCCGUGGAGCUGAUAGAGUCACGUUCCAAAGAGUCGCGGCUACAAUGUUCCUCCAGCCGUGGAGCAGAUCAAGUCCCGUUCCAAAGAGUCGCGGCUACAAUGUUCCUCCAGCCGUGGAGCUGA